UGUAACAUAAUUUGCACUGGAUUAUGCUAAUGCUUGUACUCUAGGUUUAUCAGUGGCUUCUGGUCCUAUGCUCCUAUCAAGUGAUGAUAGACAUAACUCUAUUGUAAAUGUCGCCAAGUCACUUUGUGAAGAGGCACAGGCUUCAUCAAUAAAAUCUAAUGUAGACAUUUCUAUCAUCAACAGCAAAAUAUCCGUAUCGAAUUUGCUACCAGAUCCUGAUUUAGUAAUUGUAUGUGGCAGUACCAAGUCAUUAUUGGGAUAUCCUCCAUGGACAUCUCCACUCACAGAAAUAAUGUGGUUAUCUUCUCAUUAUAAAUGCAGCUACUUUGAAUUUCAUUCUGUCCUGUAUCAAUAUGCACAGAGUCAACAGAGAUGUGGGAAAUAACAUUUAGUCGGACAAUAUUAAAUUUAACUAAUUACAGUCAAUGGUUAUUUAAUUUCUUA